UUCAAUCAUGAUAUUACGAUGUCAUUCACAAAAUCGAAAAAUAUAAACUUUAUUUCGGAUGGACUUUAUUCAUUCGAUAGAAACGAAACGGAAUCGUCAUUGGAAUCUUUAACGUUGUGUAAGCCAAGUGAAUCGAUUCCUAAAGAUUUCAUUCAUAAAUUCGGAAAAAGCAGACGGCCAAAAAUAUUUUAUGGUUGUUCAGGACGGACCAGUAAAGAUAAAAAUCAAACAGAAUAUUACUCAAAAGAAUAUAGCCUAUCGAAACAUAAUUACACAAAAGGAUUAAAUUCUUAUUUUUGCCAUCCGAGAGAAUGCCGAUUAGAUCGGGUUGCUACUGGUUUUGAGCGAAAUAGACAACCAAAUUUGAGUCAGUUGAGAAAUUCUAAAAUUUUGGAAACGAGAAAUUUCCGAAAUACUUUUAGGAACUCAAUUUCAUUUGAAGGAUUGCAACAAUCAACUUUUUUCAAGCACAUAAAUUUUCCUGGACGGAAUGAAACAGGUAUGUCACUGCCAAACCAGAAUCAGGCACAGCAACGUCAGCAUCAACAGCAAACUACUUCUUUCACAAUUGAUGCGAUUCUUGGAAAAGGUAAUCAUAGGGAAAAAAAUCAAGAGAAUCAAGAUUGUCAUCAAAACUUCGGCGAAUUUGUUCAAAAAGAAUUGAUUACAGAAGAAAUUAGUUCGUCCAAUAACUGUCAGCGUGUGAUUGACAAUAACCCUCUGCCAGGAAAAUCUAAACGCAUCCGGACGAUAUUCACUGCUGAACAACUAGAACGAUUAGAGGGUGAAUUCACUCGGACUCAGUACAUGGUUGGACCGGAAAGACUCUAUCUAGCACAUUCUCUCAGAUUAACAGAGGCUCAAGUCAAGGUUUGGUUCCAAAACCGCCGCAUCAAGUGGCGCAAGAUCCAUCAUGAACAGCAAAGUCAACGUGUCAGCGAGUUACGCCAGCAAACAUUGAGAUCAACCGAUGAUGAGGAUUGCAAAGACAUUAGUUCUGGUGAAUGGUGAAACGAAAAUUUCUGAACCACUGAAAUUCCUCGUCCUUUUGCACAUUUAUUUAUGUUCAUACCUCAUCUUUAUUUCUCAUAACGUCCUUAAUCAUUCGGAAUGUCGCAAUGACAAAAAAUCAGUACGUUCCAAUACGUAAGUGUAUGCAAAUAGUGGAAAAAAUCAGUUGGAUAUUAAACUACUUUUAACUGUAGUUCUGCACUUUGAACUCACAGUUAUCUCGUUUUAUAUAUUUGUUCUUCAUUUUCUCUGCAAGAAACGGAACCAAUAUACAUGACAUAGAAGUCAAAAUUUUAAAAACGAAGUAGUAUCCAAUGAUAAUACUUUUUCGAGUGAAAUAUCAAAAGAAAAAUAAUUAAUUGAAAUAAAUUAGUACUUAAAACGGAUAGUGGAAACUGAAAAAUUCAUCUGUGAAUGACGUGUUAGGUAUCAGAAGCUGUAAAAAGUUGAUGUUCGGCGAAAAACGUUAUGAAAAUUAAAAUGUAACUAACCAUAAAUAUGGAGGCCAAUCAUUAUCACUAAUUGAUGAAAGAAUAGACAGGAAAAACAUUUAAUAAUUUUUUCGGUGAUAAUGUUUGCUUAUUAAGAUAAAAUUUCUAGUGUCUGAAAAUAUAACAAUCUUGGAUGGCAGAGAUAAUAAGCUCUGAGUAGGAUAAAAUCUAUCUUGCUCUAAAAUUUGCUAAAA